UGACUCUCUUUACCCUGGGAUGUAUCUGUAUCCCAACUACCUUCUUUACUCUCCUUACCCUCUGACAUUCCUUCGUUCGAUUCUGUUCUUCUGAUGAGUUAAUGACCAAAGCGGGCUUACGGUCGUUAUUCCAUUCCAUCCAUCCAUUCAUUCAUUCGUUCAUUCACUCAUUCAUUUCCUGCCAACGAGCAAUCUGUUCUUGUUUUCCUGGUCGACCGCGGUCAUGUUGCAUCCGAGGCUGUGAGUCGACAUUGCAUGCUUUCCGGUCCACCGGCGUCAGGGUGUUAAAAAGACGAUAAAAGGCGGCGAUGACGCGAGCCUGAUAACUUGUAAUAUUAUUUUUUCCCUUUACUUACUGCUGCUUCA